AUGAUGUGGUCUAACUUCUUCAUGCAAGAGGAGGAGCGGCGGCGCGGAGCGGCGAGCCGGCGGCGCGCGCAGGGGCCCAGGUCCGGGCUGACGCCGGAGCGCGAGGGCAGGAUCAAGCUGGGGCUGCUGCUCACCUCGGUGGGCGCCACGCUGGCCGUGCUGGCCGUGGGCACCGAGUUCUGGGUGGAGUUCAACACGUUCAAGGGCAACAGCAGCGCCGUCUGUGACGCCGCGCACCUGGGGCUGUGGAAGGUUUGCACCAAGCGCCUGUGGCUGGCGGACGUGGCCGCCGGCAGAGACACCUGCGGUCCCGCGGAGCUGCCCGGAGAAGCAAACUGCACCUAUUUUAAAUUCUUCACCAAGGGGGAGAAUGCACGCAUCUUCCAAAGAACCACAAAGAAAGAGGUGAACCUGGCAGCUGCGGUGAUAGCAGUCCUUGGCCUGGCGGUCCUGGCCCUGGGGUGCCUUUGUAUCAUCAUGGUGCUUAGCAAAGGUGCAGAGUUCCUCCUCCGAAUAGGAGCCGCCUGCUUUGGCCUCUCAGGCCUGCUGCUGCUGGUCAGCGUGGAGGUGUUCCGGCAUUCCAUAGAAGAGCUGCUGAGGAGGGUCACCCCCGAGGCCCCGCCGGCCCCGGCCCUGACCCACGAGUACUCCUGGUCUCUGGGCUGUGCUGUGGGGGCCGGCCUGGUGCUGCUGCUGGGGGGCGGCUGCUUUCUGCUGCUCGCCUUGCCUCCCUGGGGCGCACUCUGCCCCAAGCGGGAGCCCAGGGUCACCUAG